UGGGCAGUGUUUGGCGCUUGGCUGAGCCACAAGUUUUAUCACAAGCAGGGAAGCAGUCAACGAGAAAAGGGAUCUUUGGUGUAAAGAGCGUUUCAAGACCCGAGGAUUUCUGCAGGGUGCUGCCAUGCCUGUGACCUCCCAGCUAUUUAAAGCCUUUCGCUGCAGGGAGAUCCGAAAGGUUUGCUGCUCUGCCGUUCAGUGCCAGAAUCAGCCGCAGCCCCUCGCGAACUUUUGGCACGAGGAUGCGUUCGCCCGGCCCCCGGGCCCGCCCGCGCAGUGGCGCCAGGCGCGCGGCUACCGCACCUCCUCUGAGCGGUGCUACAACCUGACGCCGCCGCAGGUCAACAGCAUCCUGAAGGCCAACGAGUACAGCUUCAAGGUGCCGGAGUUCGACGGCAAGAACGUCAGCUCGGUGCUGGGCUUCGACAGCAACCAGCUGCCGGCCAACGCCCCCAUCGAGGACCGGCGGAGCGCGGCCACCUGCCUGCAGACGCGCGGCAUGCUGAUGGGCGUGUUCGACGGGCACGCGGGCUGCGCCUGCGCCCAGGCGCUGAGCGAGCGCCUCUUCUACUACAUCGCCGUGUCGCUGCUGCCGCACGAGACGCUGCUGGAGCUGGAGAGCGCGGUGGAGGCGGGGCGCGCCGUGCACCCCAUCCUGCAGUGGCACAAGCACCCCAACGACUACUUCAGCCGGGAGGCGUCGCGGCUCUACUUCAGCAGCCUGCGCACGUACUGGCAGGAGCUGAUCGACCUCAACAGCCCCGGGGAGACGCCCGACGUCAAGGAGGCGCUGGUGAGCGCCUUCAAGCGGCUGGACAGCGACAUCUCGCUGGAGGCGCAGGUGGGCGACCCCAACGCCUUCCUCAACUACUGGGUGCUGCGCGUGGCCUUCUCGGGGGCGACGGCGUGCGUGGCGCACGUGGACGGCAACGACCUGCACGUGGCCAACACGGGCGACGGGCGGGCGGUGCUGGGCGUGCAGGAGGCGGACGGCUCCUUCACGGCGGUGACGCUCUCCAACGACCACAACGCGCAGAACGAGGACGAGGUGCGGCGCGUGCGGGCCGAGCACCCGCGCUCCGAGGCCAAGACGGUGGUGAAGCAGGACCGGCUGCUGGGCCUGCUCAUGCCCUUCCGCGCCUUCGGCGACGUCAAGUUCAAGUGGAGCAUCGAGCUGCAGCGGCGCGUGCUGGAGUCGGGCCCCGACCAGCUGCACGAGAACGAGCACACCAAGUUCAUCCCGCCCAACUACCACACGCCGCCCUACCUGACGGCCGAGCCCGAGGUCACCCACCACCGGCUGCGGCCGCAGGACCGCUUUCUGGUCCUGGGCACGGACGGGCUGUGGGAGACGCUGCACCGGCAGGAGGUGGUGCGCAUCGUGGGCGAGUACCUGACGGGCGUGCACCACCAGCAGCCAAUCACGGUGGGCGGCUACAAGGUGACCCUGGGUCAAAUGCAGGGCCUGCUGAUGGAGCGCCGCGCCCGCGUCUCGUCCGCCUUCGAGGACCAGAACGCCGCCACGCACCUCAUCCGCCACGCGGUGGGCAACAACGAGUUCGGCACGGUGGACCACGAGCGCCUCUCCAAGAUGCUCAGCCUGCCCGAGGAGCUGGCGCGCAUGUACCGCGACGACAUCACCAUCAUCAUCGUGGAGUUCAACCCGCACGUGGUCGGGGCGCACCAGCAGGCUGCCGACGGCGACGGCCAAUGAGGGGCCGGCGCCUCGGCCCGUUUCACCCGCACAAAGCUCUGACUUUCCUCUCUCUCACCCUUUCUCUCUUUCCCUGGACACUCGCCUGAAAGCGACAGAAAUACUUGGUGACGGUUGCAAAAUCCCCAAAAAACAACCCGGACUUACGAAAGCCAUGUCCGACACUCAGCUCUGUUCAGAGGAGGGCCGGCGUACGAGAGGGCCCCGCGCUGCUGAAACACUGUCUCAGGGUCCGUGUGCUGGAGGGUGAGGCUUCACGGGCCAAGUUGUCUCUCAGUAGGGGUGAAACGCUAAAUUAUGAUUUACCUCCACGCCUGCUGAGCACGAAUGUUGUGAUAUUUAUUACCUUAAAGGGUAACGAAAGGUUAGGCUUACAGUGUUCUUCGAGCCGUCCCUGUUUUGGAGAUUAUUUAUUCAAAUGUCCUCACUCAAAGCUUUUUCUACUAUUUAU